AUGAACCAGAGAAUAACUCCAUCUAAAGACCCGGUCCUCAUAGACCCGGUCGGAAGACUCACCUGUCCCAGUGUGGUCCCAGUGUGGUCCCAGUGUGGUCCCAGCGUGGUCCCUGUCCCAGUGUGGUCCCAGUGUGGUCCCAGUGUGGUCCCAGCGUGGUCCCUGUCCCAGUGUGGUCCCAGUGUGGUCCCAGUGUGGUCCCAGCGUGGUCCCUGUCCCAGCGUGGUCCCAGUGUGUUCCCAGCGUGGUCCCUGUCCCAGCGUGGUCCCUGUCCCAGCGAGUACCUGGGGACCGGAGUGGAGGGGAGGGUCAGUACCUCGGGUCCAGAGUGAAGGGGAGGGUCAGUACCUGGGGUCCAGUGUGGGGGUGAGGAGACAAAGACAGCUGCCACAUGGGACUCCCUUCUCCAGUGUGGAGGGAUCUGAGGGGCGUGGUUUGUCUGAAAGGGGCGUAGUCAGUCUGAGGGGCGUGGUUGGUCUCAGGGAUCUGAGGGCGUGGAAAGUUCUGAAAGGGGCGUGGUCAGUCUGA